CUAACAUGCCCCUGGAAGGGGCAAGGAUAAAGCGUGUUACUGAAACAGAGAUGCACCAGGAGUGUUAUCAAACAUUAUGAAACAACGAUACAAGGAUCAUCAGCUGGAGGAGAUGCUGACUUUUCAGAGGUUGAGAUCUUUCAGAGUCACUGGGACUCUUGGGAGAACUCGUUGCUGUCACCACCUCACCCAGGGACAGAGUCCUGCACCAGGAAAGGAAUAGCCCGUCAACAGAAUGGCUGGGGACUGACUGGCUGAGGAGAAACUUCUGUUGAGAAGGAGCUGGGGGGGUCCUUGUAGAUGCUAAGCUGCCAUGAGCCAGCAGUAUACCCUGGAAGUAAGAAGGGCCAAGAGCAUCCCGGGCUGUAUCAAGACCAGCAGAUUAAGCUUACUGUGAUCAUGGGCAAGAAAGAGCUUGGAAGAAGGUGGAAGGACUCAGCUGCUAGGGAAAUACUUCGUUCUUCAUUACACUGGCAGAGUAAAAGGGGAAUGUAUCAUCAGCAGCUUACUUCUGAAGCUACACUGAGUUUACGCAAGACACAGAAACAGUUAAAGAAGAUGAGGUCGCUGAGAACUGCCAGUCCUGCAUGUGCAAAGAAGUUAACAUUGAGGAAGGAGAUGAUGAUGAUGAUGACGAUGAAGAGGAAGAUGAAGAUGAAGACUGGGACUGGGAUGAUGAAGUGGGAAGACUCAUGAAGCACCACAAUGCUGCUGGUGGAUGCAAUCCACAGGCAAAUAGACAGACCCCUAGUUGCUAUUCAGCAAACAUGUCUACCCCUACAGACAAGGCUUUAAGGAAGUUUGAACAUAAAAUUAAUUUGGAUAAGCUGAAUUUUGAUGACUCUGUUAUAAACCGAGUCACAGAAAAGUCUAGACAGAAAGAAGCAGACAUGUACCGAGUCAAAGAUAAGUCAGACAGAGCAACAGUAGAACAGGUGUUGGAUCCAAGGACCCGAAUGAUUCUGUUCAAGAUGCUAACUAGAGGUGUCAUAUCGGAAAUCAAUGGCUGCAUCAGCACAGGGAAGGAAGCUAAUGUAUAUCAUGCCAGUACAGCGAAUGGAGAGAACCGAGCAAUAAAGAUUUAUAAAACCUCUAUUCUGAUGUUUAAAGAUCGGGAUAAGUAUGUGAGCGGUGAAUUCAGAUUUCGUCAUGGAUAUUGCAAAGGGAACCCAAGAAAAAUGGUGAAGACAUGGGCUGAAAAAGAAAUGAGGAAUUUAAUAAGGUUGAAUACAGCCCAGAUACCUUGCCCAGAGCCGAUUAUGCUAAGAAGUCAUGUCCUUGUCAUGGGCUUUAUUGGUAAAGGUGAUAGGCCUGCUCCUCUGCUGAAGAAUGCUCAGUUAUCUGACUCCAAAGUCCGGGAGCUGUACCUGCAAAUCAUCCAGUACAUGAGAAGAAUGUACCAAGAUGCCAGACUUGUUCAUGCAGAUCUCAGUGAAUUUAAUAUGCUAUACCAUGGUGGGGAUGCGUACAUCAUUGAUGUGUCUCAGGCAGUGGAGCACGACCACCCGCAUGCGCUGGAGUUCCUGCGAAAAGAUUGUGCCAAUGUUAAUGACUUCUUCCAGAAGUACAAUGUUGCAGUGAUGACUGUGAGGGAGUUGUUUGAGUUUAUUACUGAUCCUUCUAUCACAAGCGAUAACAUUGAUGACUAUCUGUCUAAGGCAAUGGAAAUAGCGUCGAGAAGAACAGAGGAGGAAAGAUCCAGUCAGGAUAAAGUGGAUGAAGAAGUGUUUAAGAAGGCUUACAUACCUCGAACUUUGACUGAAGUUAAAAACUACGAGAGAGAUGUGGAUAUAAUGAUGAAAUUGAAAGAAGAGGAUAUGGCAUUGAAUGUUCAGCAAGAUAAUAUUCUCUACCAGACCGUGACAGGACUGAAGAAGGAUUUGUCUGGUGUUCAGAAGAUUCCUGCACUUCUUGAAAAGAAGGCAGAUGAGUCAGAAACAGACUCUGAUGAUGACGGCAGCUCAGAGGACUCUGAUUCGGGUUGUAAAGAAUCUAUACAUCCCAAAGAUAAACCUGCUGAAGUUAGCAUGGACAAAAAGCCUAGGUAAAGCUAGAAGAUCUCUGGAGGGAAUUCUAAGGCUAAGCAAAGCAGAACUUGGUGAAGCCUGGGCAGCUCUUCAGUGCCUCUGGCUACUCUUCCAGGCUUUGGUGUUCAGGUUUGCGGUCAUGGUCCCUGAUUAACCUCCUUUUGCCUAGGGAACUGAGACCACUUGAUCUCUAGAACUGGAGACUUGGUGGCAAUCUUUGUGCUAUAGUGGCUUUUGCAGUACCAUUAGUACAGACUGGCUGUCUUUUCUGUGGGCAAGAGAUGUAAUGCAGUCAUGCAAAGGGAUAAUGAUUUGGAGGUUUUUAAGGUUUCGUUUUUCAAACUGCAGAACAAGUAUCUUCUCCUUUGGUAAGGCUCUUCAUGGGUGAGCCUCUUGGCAGCCUUUUAGGUGCUUUGCAAAAGAAGGAUGAAACUUGGUGGGCUUAAGGGGUUCAAGAUUUGGGGGCUUGCUUGUUAGAUUUUUCUUCCUAGAAAAGGUAAGAUAAUACAUUCCAUAUCUGUUAAAUAAAAAUGCAGUGCUCUACUAGAUGCUUUCUACCAGUCUAGAGCUGCUGCCUUUCAGAUGUGAAGAGGGGAUGUGUUGGUCACUUCUCAUCCUUAUGGAUAGUUUUCAAUUGGACUUCUUUUUGUGUGAGCAAGGUGAGGUUUUCGGUAACUCAUGUGUUAAGCUGUAGGUUGAACAACUGAUGAGCAGCAAUUACUUCCGUUCCCCUCCCCAUUAUGCUGACUUUGCAUUUUCCAGUUGAGUGUAGUCUCUUCACUGUCUAGCACAAAUUAUAGGGUAUGCUAUGCUACUGCAGUACACUCUUGCCAAUCCUGAUGAUGAUCAGUUUGCUCUGAGUUACCAGCAGUUACUAGAUCAGUAUUUUUGCAUGGCAUGUAGAAACACAUACUAUAGCAGCCCUGUGGGUAGCAGAAAACCUAGAUUAGGCAUCCUGUUGUAAUCUUAGGUGUUAAUAGCAUCAGUUAAGAGUGCCUCUUGAUCCCUUUCUUCAAAGGUUGUGUGAAAUGCAGGUUUUAACUAGUUUGAAUUUUGCCUUGUCAUUCCCCAUAUGUAGCUCUUAGCUCCACCCCCAAUCUGUACUUCCUUUUUCCUUUUCCCUCACCAUUCCUAUUGAUUUUUUUCUUUUUAUUUCUUCCUCUUGGUAACCUCACUUUUAUGUGGUGUGUUAAUUAAACUUGUUAAUGUAACAAUUGAUU